AUGGCGAGAAACGCGUAUUCAGCAUUCCAGAAACACCUGUUGUUCUUCUCAACCCCCACAACCCCACCUAGACUUACGUUCAAGUCAGCCCUGCGGGCCGGCGUGUCCCUCGGAUUGGACUUUCCCGUGGCAGUCCUGCUGAGUGUUUCUCUAAGAAUUCUCUAUGCGCCAUUUCCCUACUUCUGGUCUCCUAUCAUCGUCGACAAGAUCCCGGCUUCGUCCCACCGUACUCAGCUGGAAAAUGCUACGCUUCCACAGGGAAAGACUAAUUACACAUGCUCCGAGCUUCUGUCUCUCUUGCAACAAAGCGAAAACGGGGGACGUAACAAAGUGUGGUUGUCGCACAAGAUAGACCAAGGCCACAUUGUGGGAUUUUGGACGAUGGCAGCAAACACACAGUCGCAUACUGUUAGCAAAGAGGAUGUCGAGCGGUUUCAGCAAGGCAACUGGGAAAACGCUGUAGUUGAGAGACGGAGAGGGCGUCAUGACGUGUUGCCGCUCUGGAGAGGUGGACCUAUCUGGAUAGGUGGCCAUAGCUGGGCCGUCCGUAGGGUACUAAAUGUUAGGGUUUAUGAAACCAAAGAACUUUAA